AUGGGGCUGUUAGAUGGAGACAUUGCGUUUCAUUCAAGCAUACCUGUGCCACUGGAUAUAACGGUGGCUGUGGUCUACUCUGUUUUUGGAGUAUGCUCACUGUUUGGCAAUAGCACAUUGCUGUAUGUGUCCUACAAGAAAAAGCAUCUCCUCAAGCCUGCAGAGUACUUCAUCAUCAACCUAGCUGUUAGUGACUUGGGCCUGACGCUGUCCCUCUACCCUAUGGCGAUAACUUCAAGCUUCUACCACAGGUGGCUAUACGGAAAAACAGUGUGCUCCAUAUACGCUUUUUGUGGCAUGUUGUUUGGCAUCUGCAGUCUGACCACUCUAACCCUGCUAAGCAUGGUGUGCUUCGUGAAAGUAUGUUAUCCACUCUAUGGAAACAGGUUUAACUCUAUUCAUGGCCGUCUGCUCAUUGCCUGUGCUUGGAUCUAUGCCCUCUUGUUUGCCUGCUCCCCACUGGCCCACUGGGGGGAAUACGGGCCGGAGCCUUAUGGCACCGCCUGUUGCAUUGACUGGCGCCUGUCCAAUCAGCACACCACAGCGCGUUCCUACACUGUGGUACUAUUCAUCUUCUGCUACAUCCUUCCAUGCUGUGUUAUCGUAGCAUCCUAUACAGGAAUUCUGGUCACAGUGCAUGCAUCCCGCAAGACUAUGGAGCAGCAUGCAUCGAGACAGACACAAAUGAGCAGCAUCCAGACAAUUAUUGUCAAGCUAAGUGUGGCUGUCUGUAUUGGUUUCUUUGCUGCAUGGAGUCCAUACGCUGUUGUGUCCAUGUGGGCUGCCUUUGGACGCAUCGAGAACAUCCCUCCUCUGGCAUUCGCCAUGCCAGCCAUGUUUGCCAAGUCAUCGACCAUCUACAACCCAAUUAUCUACCUAAUGCUAAGGCCGAACUUCCGCAGGGUAAUGCGCAGUGAUCUGGGUACUCUAUGCCACACCUGUCUGAAGGGCUGCAUCUGUUCCCAGGGCCCGGUAAGGUGCUGCUUCAAGCCAAAGAUCAGAGUGAGACUUUGCGCAAUCCACAGACAGACAAACCAAUUUCCUUCAUCCAACUCCUCCGCUCAACCUCCUAUGGUGGCAUUAAAGGAUCACAGCUGUGAGAAGUGCAAGGAUGCCUUUGAAUGUUAUAGACACUACCCUCAAAUAUGUGGCGUCUCUAACCCUGUUGCCAAAGUAGAUUCAUCCAAGGAUCAAGAUAUUCAAGUCCCCAAAACAAAUAAGCAAAAGCUUCAAAGUGUGUGCCAUAAGAAGCCUCUGCUGGCCACCAUGUGUGCAAAAGGGACCUCAGAAACAGACAACCUUCAUAUUAAUUUAGAGAUGGUUCCAGGGCAGGCGAAAGUGGCUUGGCCUUGA